AUGUUGCUACGUCUGGCAAUCACUCUGCUCACGGGCUCCGCCCUAGCGCUGCCUGCCGCAGACCUGUUCGAGCGACAGGCAGACUGUAGCAAGGUCAAGACCCAAAUACCAGCUGUCAAUGAUGCAAAGCUGCCAGACCCCUUUACUUUCGCCGAUGGCUCCAAGGUUACGACUAAGAAUGACUGGGCCUGCCGAGCGACUGAAAUCCAGAACGCCUUUCAACAAUACGAACUUGGAGACUUCCCGCCGCCGCCAAACAAAGUUGAAGCCUCGCUUUCAGGCAGCAACUUGAACGUUCGGGUUACCGUUGGCAGCGCAAGCAUCAGCCUAAGCGCCGCCAUCCGCAAACCGUCCGGAAAUGGCCCCUUCCCAGCGAUCAUUGGCAUUGGCGGUGCGAGCAUCCCUAUCCCAAACAAUGUGGCUCAGAUUACCUUCAACAACGACCAAUUUGCUGCGCAAAACGGACAGGGAAGUCGUGGCCAAGGGCUCUUCUACACCCUGUUCGGCAACCAGCACAGCGCUGGAGCGUUGACCGCUUGGGCGUGGGGAGUUGGUCGUGUCAUUGAUGGUCUCGAACAGCUUGGCUCAGCGCAGACGGGUAUAGACACAAAGCGCCUUGGUGUGACCGGCUGUUCCCGCAACGGCAAGGGCGCCUUCGUUGUAGGCGCCCUGGAGAAGCGAAUUGCAUUGACAAUCCCCCAGGAAUCCGGCUCUGGAGGUGCGGCCUGCUGGCGGAUCUCUGACAGCGAGAAGAGUAAGGGCAAGAACAUUCAGACCUCCGGCCAGAUCAUCGGCGAGAACGUCUGGUUUUCUCCCAGAUUCAACUCGUGGGCCACUAAAUCAUCCCAAAUCCCCGAGGAUCAUCAUUUGCUAGCAGGCCUGGUAGCACCAAGAGGUCUGUAUGUGGCGGAAAACGACAUCGACUGGCUAGGUCCCGUUUCCACUACUGGCUGCAUGAAGGCCGGAAGGCUCAUUUACCAAGCCCUUGGUGUCCCUGAAAACAUGGGCUUCUCUCUUGUCGGUGGGCACAACCACUGUCAGUUCCCCAGCAAUCAGAACUCGGAGCUUACGCAGUACAUCAACUACUUCCUGCUUAACUCAGGAACGAAACCCUCAAUUAUUGAACGCAGCACCGCCAAUGUCAAUGUUCGGGAUUAUGCCACGUGGACAGCCCCUACUCUCUCUUAG